AUGUGGAGCGUAUUCUAUGGAGAUGAUGAAACAGAAGGUGACGGUAUUAUUUUAUCUGAAGGUGGACGGUGGUACCAGAAUCGAGAGCUGGCACUGAGGAUCUUUAAAGCAUUCAACUUGAGCGGCGAUGAACUAGAGGCUAGAGUAAGAAUUCAUGUCGACUACCUGGAGCACUAUAUUGAUGCAGAGAUAGGAACAAAUAAGAAAAACGAAAUCUUCUCCGUGUCAUGUGGAAUUGCUUACUGUGUUGGAAAUAUUAUUCAAGAUCUUGUACUUGGGAAAUCGCAUCCAUACGGAGAUCCUGAAUUCGAUUAUCUGAGACGUCUAAUCGACUCUACCUUACAUGACAGGGUUGCACUUCACCUGAACGAGAAGCUGAAGGCUGAGAAAAUGGAAUGGCGACCGUUUCCCAACCCAGAGCCUCAAUAUGGCGGGGAGUAG